AUGGCCAAACGUUUUGAGCCCCUUAGUGAGUUCACGCGCGCAAAGAAGCCUAAACUAGAUGUCAGUGUAAAUAGAGGCCGUCCCAGCAGCCCAGUUAGAUCCAAUAUAGUCGAUUUCUGGGCCAGUGAUGAUGACGAUGUAAUCUUGUUGGCCACACAGCAGGCUGAGGCAGUGGCCGCGGAAACAAAUUUGCAGAGCCAAGCACAACCCCAUGAAAAUGGUGUACUUAUUACAGAGAGUCAGUUUGCGGUCGCUGUUGGGCGGGCAACGACCAGCACCCAAGUACUACCAGUGACAGCAACGCAGUGCUUGGAGAACACAGUCUUGGAAGAUAUAUUUGGUGACGAUGGAGCCGAUGCAUUUUCCUCGGCAUGGAAAGAGAUUCCCCUGCCUACGGUGUCAACUAAAAGUACUGAACCUGAUCCAAGCACAGCGAAUCGGCGGCAAUUGGCACAGGAAAGGCAAAUCAAGUUUCUUAUGGAACGCGUCGAUGCGCUGAAAAAGGAUAAUACAAAAUUGCAGAAGGAUCUAGUAGAAAGCAAUGAUCAAACGGGCAUAAAAACUGGCGAGGUCAGUUUGCUGCGUAAUGAGCUGCGCCAAGUGCGUCAGCAGCUGCAGGCUAGCAAAAUGGAGAAACUAGCGCUCAACGAAAAGGUAAACAAGGAAGUGUUGGCCAAGGAAACAGAAUUGAAUUUUUCGCUGGUGGAAAUCUCCGAGCUGAAGAUACGCAAUGCCAAAAACAGUGUAAACUGCACCGUCAGAGAAAAUCAAGCGGAUACAGUGAGCACUAGCACGGAAGAACGUCGCAAUUUACUGCGCAUGCAAAAGCUUGUCAUUUCGGGCUCUGCCAGUAAAGCAUGUGCUCAGCAAACGUUGAACAAAGUCUUUGCAAGCGUCAGCGAGUCACACAGCUUGUCCAAAAGUCGCGUUCUCUUCGAAGUGGAACUGGAGCAAUUACUACUCUGCUAUGCUGAACUGCAAACACAGCCCCAGGACGCGUUCAGGAGUACUGAACGCUUAAUUGAGUCUGUGUGCCGCGUGUUCAGCGAGUUUUGGUCCUAUGCCCAUAGCUUAGAGGCGCCACAAAAGUGCAUGCUAUUUGGCUAUCAGCACUUUGAUUUGCAGCUGGAUGAUAGCAGUGCCAUGCGCGAAACAUUGACACAACCAAGCGUUUUGUUUCGACAGGAGCGCGCCAUAGUACUACGUCGUUAUAUAGCCACCCUGGCGCACAUAUGUAAGCAAUACUCAAGCGUAGCCUGUGCUUUGUUUGAGAAGCAGCAUGGCAAAUACUGUGUCCUGCAAAUAGCUGGUGAAGCCGUAUCCAAGUUGGGCUACUCCUUUGAGCUAACGCAACAUUUUGGUGUACUGGAAGCGACAGCAGCUUUGCUGCACAGUUUGUUGCAACAUUUGGAAAGUGGCAAUGAGGCACAGUUAGCUGCCAUUUUUGGUUUACUUAAACAUAUGGUGUUCACGCGUCCCAGUGCUUGGGUGUUUAGGGAGCUUAGCCAAUGCCUGGUGUUAUGUGGAAGCCGACCUAAACUUUUAGAGAAGCUGUGUGUAAAUAGUCCAAGUAGCUAUUUUCUAUCCGAUCGCGUGCGUUCGGUUUAUCGCUUUGCGCCCCAUUCCUGUGUAAUUCAAGUCUAUGCUGGACUGCUAGAGCUUUGCUUCUGUGAUGAUUUGUGCUUGCAGCCCAUUCACUUUCAACUUUUACUCAACAUAUGUCAUAAUCAUGUGAGAUUUGUCUAUGAUUGCUUUGCCAAUAAGCCAGAGUUUAUAUUGCGCAUGCUGCCGUUUCCAAAUUUUGCGGAUGAAGAGCCAGCAGAGCAAGAGGAGACUUUUAGUCGUGUAGCUCCACUUGCUUCCAACUUGACAGCUAACAAUAAUAACAGCUCUGCUGAUGUGUCAUCAAGCAAAACGAUUGCUGCACAGGAUCAGGGUUGUGAAUGUUAUGUCAAGCUCUGUCUCAGCGUCGUAACGCUAGUAUUUCAGAUGCUAUAUCAAUGGACAUUGCGGCAGAAUAAAUCUGAUACUUCAAGAGUAGCUGAGAUCUCACAGUUAGCUGUACAAUUGUUGACACUUAUCUUUCGCGAAUAUUAUUUAACCUGCCUUUUUCGCGAUUCGGAAGAGACCACUAAGCAUUACCUAUAUCUUAUUUGCAACUGGUGGAAAGAUCAUGCUACACUCUUGAAUUUCAAUGAAAUGCACAGGCGUUAUUUAAAGCGACUGCGUGAAUUGCAUUUUAUGCUUAAACCACUGCAUCAAGAAGCUAAUCCCAGCAAUACUGUCAAUGAUCUGGCUGACUGGCAGCGCAUUUUUAAUACACAACCAGCGGACAGAGUCGGUGCUGAACCUUCUUUUAAUUUAAAUAUAAGAAACUUUUUCAAUGGCUUAAAAAGCAUUGACUGUAAUUUUGAGUAA